AUGAAAUAUGGACUUCAACUCAUUUCUGAAGUUGGAUUGUCAGGAGCAAAGCUUGGGAGGCAUCUACCUUAUCCUGAUCAUAAGGAGAGGUUCACUAUGAUGGGGGGGGUCUCAGGCCCUACUGGAACACCUAUGGAUGUAAAUGUAAAGUUGACAUUUAGACAGUAUGAUGAUCAAACAAGUAAGAAUCAAGAUGAGUCUUUAACAGAUCAAGCUUCUUAUGAGAAGCUGAUUGGGAAACUGUUAUAUUUAAACAUGACUAGGCCUAACAUUUCCUAUAAUGUGCAAACCUUGAGUCAGUUUCUACAUCAACCAAAAAAGUCUCAUAUGGAUGUUGCACUUAGAGUGGUAAAAUAUAUUAAGGGACAGCCAGGGCAAGGUAUAUUGUUGUCUAGUAAGUGUGGAACUGAAAUUAUAGCCUACUGUGAUGCUGAUUGGGCAGCAUGUCCUCUUACAAGAAAAUCUGUGACUGGGUAUGUAAUUAAGCUUGGAGAGUCGGUGGUCUCUUGGAAGGCUAAGAAGCAAACCAUUGUGUCAAGAAGUUCAGAUGAAGCUGAGUAUAGAAGCUUAGCUUCUACUGUAGUAGAGUUAGUUUUGGUUAGUAGGGAUGUUGAAAGACUUAAAAGCUGA